UCAGGCAGUGUCAGAGCGAGUCGGACCUUCCUGGUCUAGCACACACCGAGCAAUGCCGUCACACGCGCACGCCCCAUCGAUGCGGAGCCGCUCGCGCCAUCGAUGCGGAGCCGCUCGCGAUGAGAGAGAACGCAAGCCGUCCCGGCGGCCGUAGGCCGUCCGAUCAUCGCGCGGCCGACCUCGUGUCGCUCGCCUCUCGAUUUCAUUCCCCUCCGCCCGUCGCCUCGCCGUCCCAUCGCACGGCGUCGUAAUGGCAACUUGCUCGCAGACGAGCGUCGAACGACCGGUCGCCGUCGCCGGGGGUCAUUGCACGCGCGCCGGCUUCCCGUGCCUUGUGAAGCUGUCGCCCGGAACAGUCUCGCAAUUCCCAACGCGAUGAUCGCUCGCCGUGGCCCCUCCGCGUCCUCGCGCGCGCACUCCCCUCCGCGCACCUCCUCGCGCUCCCCUCCCCGCGCCUCUGACUCCGUCUCUCUCCCGCCCGUCUCCCUCCGCCGCUUCCCCUUCUUCCGCCCACGCACCCGCCCCUUGCGGCGAGUCACCAGCCUCAGCGCGCUUUGCUGCGUGCUCUCGCUCGUAGCAUGCAUCGCCCUCCUGAUCUUCCUGCGCCCCCGGCUCAGGCCGAGCCACGUUACACCUGACGCGGUUACCAGCACUAGCGCUGCUGGUCCAUGCGACUUCGGAUUAGACGGUGACGGAUUCCGUUUGUCUAACCGAGCAGGAUCGGUUGCGUGCGGCGCCCUGCACGAGUGGGAGUGGGCGGCAGAAGGCGUGGGCGAGAAGUAUCGAUCUGGUGGCUGGGCGCAUGACCAAGGGGCGGAGUUGCGAGGGGGACUGCUCGGGCGUACUGCUGCUAGUAGCAGCGGCGAGGGGAGUGGUGGCUCUGGUUCGGGCGUAGGUUCGGGCGUAGGUUCGGGCAUAGGUUCGGACUUAGGUUCGGGCAUAGGUUCAGGAUCAUUGUCUGGCCGUGCAGGCGCCGCCGUGCCUCCUCUGCGUGCGUUCGUGAGCCCGUCCUUCUUUCACCCCUUGGCGUUCGCUGGCGAGGCGAGUCGAGGUGGUGGCCGUGCUACGAGUGGAGGGGAUGGGAAUGCGGACGGUGGGAGUGGAGCAGGUGGGGGUGGGGAGGGUGGGAAUGGAGGGGGUGGGAAGAGUAACGCCAGUGGUGGAAGCAGCGCAGAAUCGGGUAGCAUCAGCAACGACAACAGCAACUCCCGUGGCCCCACCACGCCAUGGGGCAUCUGCAUUGCCAUUGCGCCUCUCCACUGCUCCUGCUCCCCUGCCGGCCGUCCUCUCUCGUCCCCCUCGGCCCACUCACCCGCACCCAUCUUCGCCCUCCUCAAGCUCCUUCACAGCCACUUCAAGGCGUCAGCCUCCGCAGUCAGCAAAGAGCAGAGCAGGGAUACUUCCAACCGCCCCUCCCCUUCCCCCUCACCCACUCUCAGCCUCCUGCUCUCUCUUGACCGCCACCGCGCCGAGGGGCUUCUUCUAAAACGCGCCAUGCGCGCUGUGGCUUGCAGGCCCAGCUGCCGAGCCUCCGUGACAGGCCCGGGAACGCGUGAGGUUGGGACUGGGCAGAGAAAUAUAAAAAAGCAGAGAGCAGGAGAGGGAGAGGUGAAGGCGACUGAGGGAGCGGGGUGGAGUGCCGAUGAUGAUGGCAUGGAGGAUGACGAUGGGGACAUGGAGGACGUCACGGAUAGUGACAGUGGCACGGAGGGCGACUGGCUGGGACUGGAGGAGCUCUCAGGAGAUUUCGAGGUGGACCUGGUGCAGACGCCUCCUGCCGUCUGCUCUCUCGCGCACGCACUGCCAGCAGCUGCCAGGCGGCAGCUCCUGAGCGCCUACUCCCCGCGCUUCUUCCCCCCUGGGCACGCAGCACGCCUCUUGACGCCCCUCAGCAGCCUCUCUGCGGAGGUGGCGGAUGGACUUGGGCAGCACAGGGGGGCAAAGAUGAGGCAGGGAGAUGGACAGCCGCAGCAGCAGCAGCAGCAAGGGGAGAAGGAGCAGGGGUGUGGGGAGAGAGUGAGAGAGGCGUGUAUGCGGCUGGCGUGGCAGCAGGAGGUGCAGCGCUCAGUGCAGUUCGUGCAUGCUGUCAGGCAGUGCGCCGCGUCCAACCCACGAUUCGUGCUCUUCCUGCAAGGGGGGGAGGAGGAGGAACGAGGUGGGGCGGGAGAGAGAGGAGGGGCGAGAGGGAGACGAGGGGUUGGAGGGAGAGGAGGGGUGCGAGUGAGGGAGGGGUAUGACGUGGCGAUGGAGAGGUUCCUGUUUCGAGAGCUGAGGGGGAGGGACUGGGGGGUGGUGUCCCUCGCAGGACGGGCGCGGCCAAGUGGGAAUGGCUCACAAGCUGAUGGCGAAUCAGUCUAUAACGAAGCCACAAUGCUGCGCCCUGUGCGUGGCGUGCAAGCGCUGCUGCUGCGAGGCGAGGAGAGUCAGAUCCUGCCGCUCUUGACUUACGUGGAAGACAGGUUCCUGGAGGCCCCUCUGGAGGACCUCCUUAUAAGCUUCUGCGGUAGGAGCAACAAGUCCGCUCACCUGCACCACCCUCCGCUCUUCUGGCAGACCGUGGGAGGAGGGAAGCGAGGCAAAAGAGAGGAAGGCUGGGAAGGCUUAGAGAAUGGGCUUUCACUGGAGGAGGGGGAGGAUGGGGCGCAAGAAGAAUGGGCGGUAGAGAACCCUUUUGCCAGCGAGGUUAAGGAACCCAUUCGCACCGCACCCCACCCACCACCACCGUCCCUGGAGCAGUCUAUGCUGGUCACUGUUCAUGGGGGAGAGGUUCAGGUGGGGACUGGGGUAGGCGGUGCUGUGAGUGGGUCAUUGAGUAGCAAGGGAGGGGGAAAGGGGAAGAGCAGGGCGGAGGACAAUGGUGAUGGGGGCGUCAAGGCAGAGGGGGCGGGCAACGAUGUGAGCGGAAGCAGUGGGGGCAGCAGCAGUGGGGGCAGCAGCAGUGGGGGCAGCAGCAGUGGGGGAGCACAAGGCAAGCCCGAUCGUAAACGCUAUGGAAACAGCACCAAGGCAGCGGGACACAGCACUAGUGGCAGCCCCGUGCAACCUGCAGCAGUGGUGCUGUCCCCCGGCUCGUUUGCCUGCUGGGUGACCCGAGGCAGCGCGAGAGGGAAGGGCGAGGAGCCUGGGGAAGGUGGUGGGACGAGAGGGGGGGAGGAAGACGCAGAUAAGGGGAGGGGAGAGGUGGAUGGGGGGGAUGGUUUGGGUAAGUUGAGGGGAAGUGGUGCUGGUGGUGGUGAUUAUGACUACAGUGAUGCCGCAAGCCCCGAACCUGCGCCUUAUAACGAAUCCUCUGCUGCUGCAGCUGAAAGUGCACCUGAGGCAACAGAGGGCGUGACAGCAGAGGGAGUGAUUCGAGGCGUGGUUGUUCUUGAGAGCCCGCUGACAGAGCAGGGAGCAGUGGCGUGGACGAUGGUAGCACCAAGCGUGCAGCAGGGAGGCCGUGCUGCUGAUGUGAGGGGUGACGGGGCGGUACGGGGGCAGACUGAGGCAACAGCAACACGGGAAGGAAAGGACAAAGAGGAAGAGAAGGAAUCAAGGCUUCUCACCAUCCCCAUCUCAGGACGCCUCUUUCUGCCCGGAAUCAAGGACCAGCCGAACAUAUGGCCGACGAAAUCCUUCGAUAUUGAUGACUACACUACUGUAGAUGCCAUAUCCGCCACCACAGUUUCUACCUCUACUUCUGAAGACGGCUCUGUCAGGCUGGCUGCUCCCAGCGCUGCUGUCAGGGGCACAGUGCAGAUGGAGGGUGCGCUGACGUGGACUGACUCAGAUCCAGGUCAUGCCAGGCUGGCAGCGGAAGGGGUGGUGCUGAUUGAGAGGAGGGAGGGUGAGGAGGGGAGGGAGGAGGAGCGAGUGUGGGGAGCGUGGCGGGAUGUGGGUGUGUGGGGGGGUGGUCGUGCUGGUGGUGAUGGUGAUCGGGUGCAAGGUGCGGGUGGGGCAGAUGGGGGAUCACAGGAGAAGGGCAUGCGGCCCAGUGAUGCAGAUGGGCGGGUGGGAGCAGCUGGGUCAGGGCAAGCUGGGGGCAGAAGCACGAGGAGAGGAGGCAACAUGAGAGGUAGUCGGAGGGCAGCCAGGUUUGUGUUUGACGAGCCUCAAGCAGGCGCUCACCACGGCAGGUUGAGGGAUGCUGGCAUGGCCAGGCAGCUGAGGAGAGACCUGCUUGGAACGAGCGUUGACGGUGAUGAGGGAGUUGGUGCUUUUGACAGCAGGGACAGUGACGGUAGUGGCGGCAGCAGCACUGCCACUGCCACUAGUGGCAGUCACCAGGAAGAGCCCACCAUGCUGCAACUGUCAUGUGAUGGCAUGGUGGAAUACACAGUGGCCAAAUGACUGCAUAUGUAUAGCGUAGCAGCAGUAAUAUGCAAUCUUCCGAUUCGCAACAGUGAGGGCGUACUCCAACAAAGGUGGAUCAGACUUACGCAGCAGAGUGCUGUGCUAUAAGAGUUUCCUAACUUCUAUACGGCUUAUGUUACCAUGAUGCUGUUUUGCACCCUACUUGCUUGCCUUUCCAUCGUAUAUG